UCGGACACGUCUGGACAUACUACGCCGACGGUUGAGGAUCUUCCCACCGGAGACAACAGAGACAGGGCCGGCCGUUCCAACGUAGACAAGAUCGCCUAGGCCAAAGUGCUAGAGUAGUACAGCAAAAGCUGUGUUCUCUCUGGCGGCACACUGGUCGACGGGCCACAUAUUGUGGACGUGAGGGCCUCGGGGAUGAAUGCCCUCCAUUUCUGGGAGACGCUGGGUAUGUUUUGGCUUCUUUAAGGAUGUCGAUAAGCUCGAUAUCAAAGGCCAGGAGGUACGGAACAUCCUCCCCCUCGACCGGGGCGUCCAUAUCUUCUGGGAUCGGCAUAGAUUCGCGCUCCGUCCCGUCGAGCACCCGACAGACCCUGAGCACAGGAUCUACUUUCAGGUGGUGUGGCUCAAGGAUCUAGACAAGUCUGGUGGCCUUAUCAAAGGUGCCUGGGACCAUUGCGGGUCCGGCUCCAUCGUGGACUUCCGGCGUGGGAGCGACGAUGAGCGCAUGUUCUCGUGCCUCGAGCAUGGCGACGUCUACGAGCUAUCUACGGCCGAUCCAGUCAGGUGCCAGCUACCCAGUAUCCAAUUUCUGCAGAUUCGCUACGCCGUCCAGAAGAUCAUUGCGGGCCCGAUGGCCGCCAGCGCGCUUAAGGACAUCUUUAGUGGUGAGCCGCCCGAGGACGGGCUGGGCCCUGCCCGCCACGAGGAACCCUUAGCCGGCGAUUGGGAGGUCUCCUCGAAGCGGCCGUGGAAGCCGAAGUCCUGACCAGGGACGCGGCGGGGCGGUGGGCCAGAUCGUUUCAGGACGCGGCCUACGAUAAGGCCGUACGAAGAGCCAGGGUUCUUGCCGAGUUUCUUGCCAAGGAAGAGGAACUGGCUUCGUCAGAGCAAGAGGCGGGCGGAAUGGGAUCGGGUAGAUAGGCUCCGCCUCCUCCAGAUAUCGACUAGCACGAUCUCCUUCUACGCGACGACUGUACCAAUCUACCCUCCCGGCCCGCUACGGGGA